GUGACGUCACGGGCGGCCGCCGGUGUCCAGGGCGGGUGCGGCGCCGGAUGGAGUGGCCGUGGGAGCACCGGCGGGGCCGCAGAGGCACCCGGCAGUAGGUGUGAGCUGUUCUUGCCUGGCUCCUGCAGUAGCCUGGCGCUCUGGUGUCUGAUGAUGAGUGUGACCCCGACCAGGGGAUGCCUCCUGGACCUGCCCUGGGAAGACAUCUUGGUUCCACAUAUCCUAUGUCAUCUGCCACUGCAGCAACUCCUGAGCCUGCAGAGGGUCAGCAAGUCAUUCCAGUCUCUCAUCCAGCUCUACCUGGCCAACAUGCGCUGCUUUGACUCAAGCCAGAUUGGACCUGCCAUCCCUCGAGCUGCUUUUGUUAACCUGUUGAAGGACAACGAAGUUCUGCAGCAGCUGGCACUCCAGAACUGCUCCGACUGGCUGACAGACCGAGAACUGCUCCCGGUCAUUGGGCAGAACCACCACCUACACCAGAUCCAGCUGAAGGGCUGCGCCCAGCUCAGCCGCCACGCGCUCGUGGCCAUCUCGCUGAGCUGCCCCAACCUGCGCCAGCUCUCCCUGGCUCACUGUGAGUGGGUGGACAGCCUGUCCCUGCGCAGCCUGGCUGACCACUGCAGGGCGCUGGAGGCUGUGGACCUGACGGCCUGUCGCCAGCUGAAGGACGAGGCCAUCUGCUACCUGGUGCAGAAGUGCAGCAGGCUCAAGUCUCUGUCACUGGCUGUCAAUGCCAAUGUGGGCGACGUGGCAGUAGAGGAGACUGCCAAGUGCUGCCCAGAGUUGGAGCACUUGGACCUCACAGGGUGUCUACGAGUCAAGAAUGACUCCAUCAGGGUCCUGGCUGAGUACUGUCCCAAGUUGCGCUCGCUGAAGGUCAAGCAUUGCCACAACGUGGCCGAGUCCAGCUUGAGCAUCCUUCGAAGCCGUGGGGUGGAGCUGGAUGUGGAGCCUCCGCUGCAGAGGGCUCUUGUUCUGCUGCAGGAUGUGGUUGGCUUCGCCCCUUUCAUCAACCUUCAGAUCUAGAACUGCUGCUGCUGGGGAGGGGGGGACUGACACAAUGCUGGGAUCCCAGAAGGAUGUGGAAACUGGCUACUGUGGAGACGUACAGAGGGAGAGGUCAGUCCCAUUGGUGAGGCUGGCCUGAGUGGGGCUCAUUCUUUCCUCUGGGGCUGUUUAGCAGCCACUGAGUGUUCACAAGUGAACUUCAUUGGUGCCUCUGGGGAAAGUAACUCCCUCUGCAGUGGCGUGGAAAGAGCGAGUGAUUUGCAGGAACACCAUGGUGCUGAACAGGCCUUGGUCAGGCCAGCUAAUAGAUAGGAUUUAUUAUUUGUUGUAUUUUAAA